GCUGGCAUGUUAACUUGAUGUUUGUGGAAAUAUGCUUUAGUUACUGAUAGAAUUACUAUUUUGAAGGAGCAUUUGGACAAUGUUUGCUUCAGUGUUAAUUAUGGAACACCAAAACAAGGCUCUCUAAACUACUAAUUGAUUCAUGUCUUUUUUGAAGUACAAUCUGUCAGUCUAAGAAAUCCUUUUUUUGGAAACUGAAAAAAAAUAAAAAAAUAAAUAAUCUUUGACUUUAGAUGCCAAAAAAAAAAGAAGCAAAAUCUUAGCUUCAAGUGAAGAAGAAAUCACUAAAUCUGUUAAAAGAGCCUCUAUAUUCUCCUAAAGUUCUUAGAUUUCUGAUGUUAAUCUUUCACUUUAGAUGCCAAGAAUUUUGUAUCUUAGUCUCAGUUGAAGAGGACAGUGAUUGCUCAGUUUCACCCUUUCUCCUUCUCUAUGUUUCUUUUUCUCUGGGAAUCUUUCAAAUUCUAACACUUCUAAGAAUGAAUUCUUCUGGAAUUAAAUUCACUUAUAAGAAUUGUUGUUCCGUUCAACUUAUAGGUUUUCUUAGGAAGCCAUGUUAGAGUGUAAUCCUUGUUAAGCUUCAAGUUGGUUAAUGUCGUUUUACUUUGUAAGGGAUCUGAAGGACUGAGGACACCUCUUCGCCUGUAAUCUGAUGAGAAAAAUAUGAUUAGAGGCCUUCCAUUCUUUACCUUGUUUUUGGUGAUAUACAUUAGCUACGUGUAAGAAAAUAUAGCAAUUCUUGAUGGUCAUUCUAAUUGAAGUGGAUAACUAGAACAUUUGAACAAUGAGGAUUCCCUUUGCUAGUGAAAUAACUUUUUAUAUAUUCUUGGUUGUUCGGGGGAAGGGGGAGCUGUGAGGAGGAUGUGGAGCAAAGCUUUUUCAGUUUCUCUAAAUGUGCUUCUAUGACAAGAAAUUCCAUAUGAGGGAAAUUAAUCUAUCAUUUGUAAAUCCAGUGACUUGGUAGCAUUCGAGAGUGUUGCAAAUAGCAAAUAAAUGAGAAAGAUCCUGAAUUCUUCCUCUUUCUCAUUUUUCUUUUCUGUAUUGUUUCUUCGCAUCUUGUGCUAAAACACGUCAAUUUAACUGAUUCUGCUGCUUUCUUCACGCCUGAUUCGAAGUUCCUUUCAAUGGGGAUCCUAUUAAUUGGUGGAGUUUAUAGAAAUUGCAGAAUUUUUCUUGCAAUUUCUUCUUAGUUCUCGCAAGAGUCGAAAGAGCAUCAGCGGCCUUUUAUUUCUUUUUACUCUCCGUGGUUGCUCAAUCAAGGAAGUUUUAUAUCCAGUACUGGUCUUGGUCCUUCAUUCACUUGGCAAUGUCUCUGCGUAGACCUCCACUUCCUCGGCUUCUGCUUAACAAUGUGUCUUGCAUGAGAAAUGCUCAACAAAUUUUGCGGCACGUAAAUGUUUCCCUCCAUGAUGGUGGUGCCCUUGUACUAACAGGCACUAAUGGCUCUGGCAAAUCUACAUUCUUGCGCAUGUUAGCUGGUUUCUCGAAACCAUCAGCUGGUGAGAUACUCUGGAAUGGUCACGACAUCACUGAUUCAGGUGUUUUUCAACAGUACAAACUUCAGCUCAACUGGCUUUCUUUGAAGGACGCUAUCAAAGAGAAGUUCACGGUCCUUGACAAUGUUCAAUGGUUUGAAGUUCUUGAAGGCAAGCAAGGUAGGUCUCUGCCAGCUUUGGAGCUUAUGGGGCUUGGAAGAUUAGUACACGAUAAAGCACGGAUGCUCUCUAUGGGUCAAAGGAAAAGGGUACAGCUGGCCAGAUUGUUGGCAAUUGAUCGUCCUAUUUGGUUGCUUGAUGAACCUUCAGUAGCAUUGGAUGACGAAGGUGUGAAAUUGCUAGAGUAUAUUAUCGCUGAGCACAGAAAAAAGGGCGGUAUCGUCAUUGUCGCCACCCAUUUGCCAAUCGAGAUUGAGGAUGCAAUGUUUUUAAGACUGCCACCACGGUUCCCAAGAAGGAUGACAUUGGUAGACAUGCUCGAUCGAGGUGGCCUCGACUGAUCUUUCAAAAGAUAAGAGUCCAAAUCUAAAGAAAACUGUGCAAUAAAUUCAAAAGCGUGUGUAUGUGCCAAGUUUUCUUGUAGUGGCAUCAAAGUUUGCACUAUUCUUUCAUUCUUGAUCGUUGCAAGAAUUUCUCUAGGACUUAUAUAUUUAAAUGUUUAGGAUUAGCUUCAAUAUCUUUGCUUUGUUAGUUCCUCCUCAUUUUACAUUUCAAUUUGCACAUGCCCUCCGGCUUUGGUCUAAUGGUAAGAGCCGCAACACGGGAUGUGUGGAUUAGACGUACAUCACGAGUUUGAACUUGUCCGAGACAAAAGCUUGAUAUUUAAGCGGCAAAGGACAGAGGGGUGAUUCAUUAUCCGUCCAGUUUCUAACCGUGCGCCGGCUGGCACUCGGGCAUUUCUUGGGUUAUCAAAAAGAUGUGUAGAUAGCACCUUGCAUCAGAUUAUCAGAUGUAGUGCUCUCAUAUACAACAUGUCAAAUAGCUUAAUUGUUUGUAUGCUAGUUGAAGCAGAGAAUUAGCAGAAGAUGUUGGGUGUUCUUUAUCUUAUCAACAGAUUCAGUAUUGAUUUGGCUUUUGUAAGUUUCAUCUUUGUUUCGUCAGCAAACUGAGCGACUGACUGGGAUUUGGCAACAACUUUUGGACACACUAUUGUUUGGUUGCUGUAGUAAUAUGUUUGGUUGCCACUUCUCUUUUUCUCAUAAAUAAUAGCGUCACGCGAAAAUUUAUCUAUUA